CCAGACGAGGUAUUAGAGUCAUUAACGGAAACAUAUCAGCGCAAGAUACACUUCCAGCCAUUACCACUAUUCAAUAUUCGGACAUUGAAUUUUCAUAUCAAGGCAUUCCCACAAUUUCUCUUAUUUAGCUUCUUAUCCUUGGUUCUCAGGUACACAAAAACCUCAUACUUCCAAGGAAGAGAAGAAGAUGCCAUCGAUUUUUACCGGGCUAGAGCUCAAGACACGACGUUAGCAUUAGCUUCACAGGGCGUUGAUAAUUGUAAUGUGUCCAGAGCUCUCUGCCUGCUGGCGCUAUCUGAUAUGCUAGGAUCAAAUCUCACACAGUGCUGGAUGACCAUUGGAAUGGCCGCAAGGCUUGGAACUCUUCGACGACAUGUCGGCCAAAAAGGCACGGCGCAGUGGAGGCAUUUGCCUGAGACAGAAGAACGAUGCCACGCCUAUUGGAGCGUCUUAAUUCUUGAGAAUGCCUUCGGCCCACCAACGAAUCCGCCCACGGACUUUCUCAGCCCGCUUCCUUGCCCGGAGAUGCACAGGCUGCCGUCAGUAAAGGUACCAAGUUCGGCUCAUGGGAACUCUCCCGACAUCGGUGGAAAUACUCCCACGGAAGAAUGUGACAUCAAUUCUUUUUGUGUCGAAGUGAUAUCAAUUUGGACGGAAAUCGCUGGACAUAUACAAAGUCUCAGAUUGGGCAAGUUGGAGCAACCGUGGCAGCCGUGCUCAGAUCAUACUCGGCUGUUCAGUAAGAUUCAUGAUUUCGAAACCCGACUCCCCUCGAAAUAUCUUUUGCGACACGUCAAAUUUCAAGACAGAUCUGUUCAAGAGGUAAAGAGUGAUUGGGAAUAUUGGAUAUCUUGGGUCCUACUACAGUUCUCUUUGCAUUCUGCGUGUGCCCUUCUGAGCCAUCCCUUCAUACAUGUGUUCGUGCUCAGGGACAAUAGACGAGCUUCGCCGCCACGGCUGUUCUUACAGCAGAUGCUUGAUCAAGCUAUUUAUCACUCGGGCUGGAUUGCUCAACUCCUCGAAGCCUGUGAGGCCGUGGAGAUGGAAAUACGCAAUCCCUUAAUCGGGCAAAUGAUCGUCACAGCUGCUAGCAUACUAUGGCUACUUCGGUUCUCUCGCGACGCCGGGAUCUCCGAGAACGCAAGGAGGGGAUUCUGCAAGUGUGAGGAAGUCUUGUCCUCUUUAAACCCGAGAUGGCAUCAUCUGGAGAAAAAGGUAUAG